UCCUGCACACCUUCCUGCAGCCCCUCACUUCAAACUACAGUUGAGCAGACAGCGAUGAAUCCAGCAGGUUACACGCCUGAGGCUGUUCCAUUGCAGGGGGGGUAUGAUGGGCGCCCUGGACAGCCUGGAGGACAUUCAGUGGUUCAGCACACCACUGUGAACGUCAUCACCGAACCCCCCAAGGACCACAUCAUCUGGUCCCUCUGCAGCUUUGUCUACUCAAACCACUGCUGCCUUGGACUGGCGGCUCUCAUCUUCUCAGUCAAGGCCAGAGACCGGAAGGUGGUUGGAGAUCUGGAGGGUGCCCGACACUACGGCUCCACUGCCCGCUGUCUCAACAUCUGGGCCACCGUCCUGGGUUGCAUCAUGGUCCUCAUUAUAAUCAUCCUCUUCAUUGUACAGGCAGUUGCAUUAUCCAGAAUUCACAGCAUGUACAAUUAUGGUUACUGAGGCUAAAUUCCAAAUAUUGUCCAAGUUUCCUGCUGCUGUGGCUUGUUGAUGCUUACGUUUCUUUGCUUAUUGAACACAUUUUUUUUUUUUUUACAUUUUUUACAUUUUACAUGUAUUCUCAAACUAAAACGAUGCACAUUUUUAUUAGUGUUACAAAAGUCUUAAAGGGAACUCAUCCGUGUCUCCUUAAAUGAUUACAAUUUGUAAUCAGUUAUGCCUGAUGUUAUUACAUUCUGAUUUUCCUGUCUACAAGGCCUGUGUUUCAGCAAAUCUUAGAAAACCAGAGCAGUUUUAUCUGUCAGUAAAGGUGUCUGCUUCAUAACCGACCACUGUGUUAAUUUGUAACUGAUGGUGAUUUCAAGCUAAAGAACGUCUCCACCAGAAGUGGAAACGGGGACCUGGUGUCUUAUUUUCUGAUCUCACAUUGAAAAGAUGUGGUUUGACCCAGUGUUAUAAACAAUUCCAAAGCAAAAUAGUGUUUCUCAAUCUGUAUGAAUAAGAGCAGUGUAUUGAGCCUAUAGCACCCCAAAGAACAAUGCACACUCUAUCUGUAAAAUUCACUUUAUGAUGACUGAAACUGAAAUUUGUGGUGGUGCGGUUGUUAGCAUUGUCGCCUCACAGCAAGAGCCUUCCUGGUUUGAACCACCCUGCGUUCAAACCAGGAACCUGUUUGAACCCAGGGUGGGGAAGCCCAUCUGUGCAGAGUUGGCAUGUUCUCCCCGUGUCAGCGUGGGUUUUCGCCGGGUACUCCGAUCUGGAUCUGAACCAACUGCAGUCACAUGACUCAUUGUUUGGGUUAAACAUGAGCAUGUUACAGUCCUGGAGGAUUAUUAAUGUGCACCUCCUCCUGGUCCACUUGUAAAUGCUGCCGUGAGAACACAAACCAACUCUAGGCAAUUAUACAACUUCGUAACAAAAUGAGUCCCUGAU